AUGGCGCUUACAAACUCUAGUUUGAUUUUAGUAUUACUUACUGUAACAGUUGUUAAUGCAAAAAAUAUCUAUCUUGCACGUGAAUGGAGGGAGUGGAAACUAAGGUAUGGUAAAGUUUACAGCAACCAAACUGAGGAAACGGAAAGACGGCACGCGUGGGAAAGGUCAUUCUACUAUAUUCGUCAGCAUAGCAACAGACCAGGUGACUUAUCAUUUACUGUCGGAAUGAAUUCAAGGGCCGAUAUAGUAGCUGGUUUGGAGUUGGUUGAUCCAAUGCCGUUCCUUCCUGAGGCGUUGCUGGUCAACCCAACUCCUGCAGUGGUCAAUGGAUACCACCUGCAUGUCAUGCCACGAGUGACUUGGCAUGUUGAAAUGUCUUGCUACAGACAGGUCCGGGCGUUUCCUGAGAUAAAGUGGUGUUUUGGUCUUCCCUUAAUACUGCAAAUGGCACUUGGCACACGUAAUCAAGUGUACUACAUGGCCGAUUUAUUAGACCAGCCAAUCAUGGCCGUCUUUGACGCAAGCCACACCUCCUUCCAACUGUACAGAAGUUAUGUACAUUUCGAGAAACACUGCAGCUCUAUCCAGUUAGAUCAUGUGGUACAGAUUGUUGGUUAUGGAGUUGAAAACGGCACAGAUUUCUGGAUCGUUAAAAACAGCUGGGGUGCAGACUGGGGUAUGAAUGGUUAUAUAUUAAUGAGUAGGAACAAGGACAAUCAGUGUGGUAUCGCCAGUGCUGCUUCGUUCCCAGUACUUGGCUAA